AUGAAUAACCACUUUUUUGAACCCCCAGCUUUAAGAAAGUCAACUAGUGCAUUUUAUAAUGGACACAAGAUUAUCAAUGACCCAAUUCAUGGGCACAUUAUGUUGGACGAUUACACGAUUGACUUUAUAGACACUGUUCAAUUCCAAAGGCUAAGAGACCUCAAACAGCUGGGAUCAGCUUAUUUUGUAUUUCCUGGUGCUAGCCACAAUAGGUUCGAGCACUCUAUUGGUGUGUCGCACUUGUCAGGAACACUUAUUGAGAGAAUAGCCAAAGACCAGCCUGAACUCCAUAUAACAGAAAACGAAAUUAAAUGUGUCAAACUGGCAGGAUUGUGUCAUGAUUUGGGCCACGGUCCAUUUAGUCAUGUAUUUGAUAAUGAAUUCAUGCCAAGAGCAAGGCCUGGCAUAAAGUGGUCCCAUGAACAAGCGUCUGAGAUGAUGCUUGAAUAUUUGAUUGACGACAAUGGUAUCGAUAUUGAACCCGAGAGUAUUAAACUUAUCAAAGGAUUGAUUGCCGGCGAACCAAACCAAUAUGAAGACAGGCGGUUCUUAUUUGAUAUUGUAGCCAACAAGAAAAACAGUGUCGACGUAGACAAAUUUGAUUACAUCGAAAGAGACACACAGAACUUAGGAUUACGUAGCUCCUAUGAUGCCAAAAGACUACUGGUGUACAGUAGAGUAGUAGAUAACCAAAUUUGUUAUCACCACAAAGAAGUCUACAACUUAUAUGAAAUGUUUCAUACUCGUUACAGUCUUUUCAAGCGUAUUUAUACUCAUCGUGUUGGCAAAGCUGUAGAGCUUAUGAUCUCAGAUGCUUUAGUCAGUGCUGACGCUCAGUUGGGUAUCUCAAACGCAGUAGACAAUCCAGAAGAAUAUCUUCAUUUGACAGACGAUAUCAUUCGCGGUAUAGAACGAUCAAAAGAACCCUCAUUAGAAGAAUCUCGCCAAAUUAUCAAGAGACUUCGAACAAGAAACCUAUACAAGUUUGUUGAUGAAUUCUUGCUACCAGCUGAUAUGGAAGCAAAAAUUAAACAAGAAGCUAUAUCGCCCGCAGAAAUAAUUUCUUACCAAAGCGAUAAUGAUGGCCUAGUAGAAAAUGAUGUGAUUGUUGACUGGCUUAAAAUAAAUUAUGCCAUGAAAGACAGGAAUCCGGUUGACUCCAUUCGGUUCUUUUCAAAAUUCGAUGACAACGUAUCUUUUACUAUUCCCAAACAACAUGUAUCCUACAUGAUCCCAGGCCAAUUCCAAGAAGUAAUCAUUCGUGUGUUCGCACGAGAUCCUGCAAAAAGCAAGGCUAUCCAAAAAGCAUUCCGUAGUUUGAUUAAAGUGAUUGCUCCAACCGAUCCCAAUAGUCAUAUAGAGCCAAGCCAUGCCCUUACGGUCCCUACCGACUAUGAUACUAUUUUGUCUGCAAAGCGGCGUCGUUCUACAAGCGGAUUGCUGGGUCAAGAAGUUGUUAAGAAAUGGACAGGACCGUAA